UGUAACCUUAUUUUCAUGGUUAUACGUUUGUAAUUUCUCGACAUCUUGAAUGAAAAAAACUGUACGUUACAUUUACCCUCUCAACACCUCAGGUAAUGGAUUUACUUGUGAUUUUGAAUGUUUGAAUGUUCUUGAUUUGUGAAUCCUCCUGCUCUGUUUCCUCUGGGUUUGUUUGCUUCCUUUCAUCUGAACUUGUUAUUUUGCAGUGAUGGCUGCUCUGGUCUGGAUUUGGAGGGCGCUCCCUGCUCAGUUGUUGGUCCUGUGCAUGCUCGCCAACAUCUCUGAAUCUGGAGUAAGUCUGAGUGUUCCUGAAGCUGUUACACUUGAAGAAAGCGCCACAGCGACCAUCAUUAUUUCUUCCAGUUCACCUGAACAUCAGUCAAUGGUGAUUCAGUUAAAUGUAACAUUCAGCUCUAAGAAAAACUACUCAUCCAUCAUAACCCUGCCUGAACAGGUGUUCCUUCCAGAGGAGGCUACCGCAGUUAAUUUCACAGUGACGUCACAUGAUGUUGGUCAGGUGACUACAUACCUGCUCAGCAACAACUCAGAUCUCGACAGGAUCCGGUUCACAGUGAUCCACAGCAGGGUUCUGUCAGUGAUCAGUGAAGUGAUUGGAUGGAUCUACUUCUUGGCCUGGUCCGUGUCUUUCUACCCUCAGGCGUGGGAGAACUGGAGGAGGAAAAGUGUUGUAGGUCUCAACUUUGACUUCCUGGCUCUGAACCUGACAGGAUUCAUAGCUUACAGUGUCUUCAACAUCGGGCUGUUCUGGAUCCCUUACAUCAAGGAGGAGUUUCUGCAGAAGAACCCUAAUGGGAUAAACCCAGUCAGUGCUAAUGAUGUGUUCUUCAGUCUCCACGCUCUCCUGCUCUGUAUCAUCUACGUCAGUCAGGCUGCUAUUUACGAGAAGGAUGGUCAGAAGGUCUCGUGGACAGCACGGCUCUUGUUGCUGAUUGCCUGGACGUUUGCUUUGAUCACCUUGUUUGUCGCUAUAGCCAAACAAAUCACUUGGCUGGAUUACCUCUACUAUUUCUCCUACAUUAAACUCGCAGUCACGCUGGUCAAAUAUAUCCCACAGGCAUACAUGAACUACAAGAGACAGAGCACUAAGGGUUGGAGUAUCGGGAACGUCCUGUUAGACUUCACAGGAGGAAUCUUCAGCAUUUUACAGAUGAUCAUACAGUCCUACAACAACGAUGAGUGGGCGCUGGUGUUCGGUGAUCCUACUAAGUUUGGUUUGGGUCUGUUCUCUGUGCUGUUUGACAUCAUCUUCAUGACUCAGCACUACUGCCUGUACCGACAGCCGAAGCAGUACGAAGCCGUCCCAGAACGAGACAACACGAACUGAGCAGAGCUGAUGCUUCAAACACAGGAGUCAAAGCUGCCUAACUACAGAGCAACUCUAACCCCAGGUGCAAAGCUGAAGACCUGCUGUUUGUCAUCAGAACCUUCUGGAACCAGCAGCUCAGACCUCCGUGUUCCUGUUCCUAAACUAUCUCAGGGAGAUCACUCGUCUUUGCUCUUGUAACUUUUUACUGAUAAGAAAAAAGAAAAAAAAACUGAUUUCAGCACCUUUUAAUAUUUAACACAUUAUCACUUUGGAGAUGUCAUUAUUUUUUGAUUAUUAGUUUUUUCCUCUUCUCAUUUGAGGUUUUUAUAUCAUAGUUGCUGUUGAAUUUGAUUAAAUAUGCUGAUUAAU